CUCCUCCUCCUCCGAGGAAUUCUGCCCCUUGUAGCUGUUCUGCCCUCCCCUUUAAAGGUUGACUUGCCCUGCGGCGCUCCACCGCGCUCCUGUCCUCUGGUGUCUCGGGCUCAACACUUUGCAACGCGGAUCCGCGCCUGCCUGACUGCGGACGCCGCGCAGUUCCAGCAGCAAAGCAGAAGGGCGCGCCUGGAGAUGGAGAGCAAAGCCCUGCUCCUGGUGGCCCUGGCAAUUUGGCUCCAGAGUUUGACCGCCUUCCGCGGAGGGGUAGCCGCAGCAGACGUGGGAAGAGAUUUUUCAGACAUCGAAAGCAAAUUUGCCCUAAGGACCCCUGAAGACACAGCUGAGGACACUUGUCAUCUCAUUCCUGGAUUAGCAGACUCUGUGUCUAACUGCCACUUCAACCACAGCAGCAAGACCUUCGUGGUGAUCCAUGGAUGGACGGUGACGGGAAUGUAUGAAAGUUGGGUGCCCAAACUUGUGGCCGCCCUGUACAAGAGAGAACCUGACUCCAAUGUCAUUGUAGUAGACUGGUUGUAUCGGGCCCAGCAACAUUAUCCAGUGUCAGCUGGCUACACCAAGCUGGUGGGAAAUGAUGUGGCCAGAUUCAUCAACUGGAUGGAGGAGGAGUUUAACUACCCCCUGGACAACGUCCACCUCUUAGGGUACAGCCUUGGAGCCCAUGCUGCUGGCGUGGCAGGAAGUCUGACCAACAAGAAGGUCAAUAGAAUUACUGGCUUGGAUCCAGCGGGGCCCAACUUUGAGUAUGCAGAAGCCCCCAGUCGCCUUUCUCCUGAUGACGCGGAUUUUGUAGAUGUCUUACACACAUUUACCAGGGGGUCACCUGGGCGAAGUAUUGGGAUCCAGAAGCCAGUAGGACAUGUUGACAUUUAUCCCAAUGGAGGCACUUUCCAGCCAGGAUGCAACAUUGGAGAAGCCAUCCGUGUGAUUGCAGAGAGAGGACUUGGAGAUGUGGACCAGCUGGUGAAGUGUUCGCACGAGCGCUCCAUUCAUCUCUUCAUUGAUUCCCUGCUGAAUGAAGAAAACCCCAGCAAGGCGUACAGGUGCAACUCCAAGGAAGCCUUUGAGAAAGGGCUCUGCCUGAGUUGUAGAAAGAAUCGUUGUAACAAUGUGGGCUAUGAGAUCAACAAGGUCAGAGCCAAGAGAAGCAGCAAGAUGUACCUGAAGACUCGCUCUCAGAUGCCCUACAAAGUAUUCCAUUACCAAGUCAAGAUUCACUUCUCUGGGACUGAGAAUGACAAGCAACACAACCAGGCCUUUGAGAUCUCUCUGUACGGCACAGUGGCCGAGAGUGAGAACAUUCCCUUCACGUUGCCCGAAGUUGCCACAAAUAAAACCUACUCCUUCUUGAUUUACACGGAGGUGGACAUCGGAGAACUGCUGAUGAUGAAGCUCAAGUGGAAGAGUGACUCCUACUUCGGCUGGUCCGACUGGUGGAGCAGCCCCGGCUUUGUCAUUGAGAGGAUCCGAGUGAAAGCUGGAGAGACGCAGAAAAAGGUCAUUUUCUGUGCUCGGGAGAAAGUGUCUCAUCUGCAGAAAGGAAAGGACCCUGCAGUGUUUGUGAAAUGCCAUGACAAGUCUCUGAAGAAGUCUGGUUGACACUGACAAACCAACAAGAGAAGAAAACAUCUGAGUUCUUUGAGGACAGAAGAAAAUGAAGUAAAUUUAAUUUAAAAAAAAAUACCCUUGUUUGGGUGUUUGAAAAUGGGUUUUCCUGAGUACUAAUCCCAGCUCUAUCUUGUUAGUUAAACAGAAGGCAAUCUCAAAUAUUAAAAGGUGGCUAACCCAGGGUGAGGAAUCCAAUGGCCAAUAGCAGCAUCAGAAGACAGCAGGCAGGAGAAACAUGCCAUCCUGUAUCCCAUAGGAAUCAUUUGUUCCUAAUAUAAGACUCCUUCAUGUGAGCCCUUUGAUCAUGGUCUAAAAUCAGUUAAGGGCCUCUUAUUUUUAUUAGACCUCUGAGGUUUUAAAUUGAGACCUUUUCAAAGUUUUCUCGAAGUCUAAUAUAGACAAUGUUUUGUUUUUUUGUUUUUUUGUUUUUUUGUUUUUUGUUUUUUUUUUUGUGGCAUGAGUCAGAUCCAUUUCUUUAGUGGUUGAAACACCUGGCCUUUAUGACUAGUUUUUUUUUACCAUCGGGAUAUAGUCCCCCCCCCCAAAAAAAAAAGGUAACCAGGGACAUGUGACUUGGCAAAAGGAGUGGAAGACAUGGCUCAUGAAGUCCUGACCCUUGGUCCCGCCACAACAAAGCACAAGUCAACAGAGAUACAAAUAAUUCUUAACAGACUUGAAUUUUCAUGGCUGAAUCCCUCCAUCUUUUAAAUAUUUGUCAGAUAUUUUAACAUUGUUCUCUGGGUAGAUGUUGAAAGUGAGUGUGUAAUUCAAGUGACACAUAAAUUGAACUGAAAGAAAAGAAUGCCUAGGUUGAUUUUACAUCUCUUUUUGGCUUUCUUGAGAAAAAGUCACACUUGUCCCAAGCUGUAACCAAGCCUGACCUAGAACUCAACUAUGUACUUCAGCCUGACCUUGAACUCUCAACCCUCCUGCCUUAGCUUCCUGAGUGCUGGGAGCUUGAUAAUCAUAAUUUUAUUAUCAGAUUUUUCUUACUUGUUUUCAUCAAUUUUGAACACCCAAUACCCAAUAGUUAGUAUUUUGUUUAAGACUCAUCUCUGCCAUGCCUCUGUGACACUUCUAACACAUCACAUUAAUUUCUAGUUUAGAUGUGAUCCAGUUCAAAUUCUGCACUGUGCAAAGUACAAGUUUUAGAGCAGGACCAUUUUUUUUUUAACCACAUAAAAGUUGAAAUUACUAGGAAAUGAGCAUAUUGAUGCUUGUAAACUGUUUCAUGCAGAGAGGAGUCCUCUAUUGUAAUAGCCAUAGAAAGUACCAGGCUCAUUGCCACGGUUUUGUUUUACCUAAAAAAGUAAAUAUAUAUAUCAAUAAUGAAAAAUUAUUUAUGAAUGAGAUCUCAUAUUUUCAGAUUGCUUUUACUACUCAUUAAUAUAAAAUAUUAAAGAAGUUCUAUCUCAGAGGCUAUUGCUGGGAACAGAAACUGUGAAAUGUGUGGGUAUCUGAACACCGGCCCACAUGCAAAGCCCCACAAGUGUAGUCAUCAUUCAAUGUGAUUCGGAAAUGAAAGAGUCAAGGGAUGUGCUGGAAUAUGUCAGAGAAGUAGUUCCAGAUAUGCUGGAAUGUUAGCCCUUGCUAGGAGAAAGAUGGUCGUGCCUAUGUAAUAUAGGACAAAGGUGACUGAUUUCAUCAGGCUUGAAGUCAAUUCUAACAAUAAAAUGAUAUACAAUUUGUCACCGGCAUCCCCAUUAUUGCUAAUUCAUUGCAGUAUAUACAUACAAGCAUACAUAUCUCAAUGACGCUUUGGCUUUACAUUUAUUUAUUAGCUGUAAAUAAUGUGUGGGUAUGUAAGAAAGCAUGUAAACACUGGAAAGGCUGUUAUGGCUAUCUGCAGUGUAGAUUCGUGGUGCUAACUUUGUGUCCGUCUCCAUCCGUGAUUGUCUGUCUCACUGAGCCAGUUCACUCUGAUGAAACAGAACAAUGAAAUAGGCUUUUGAAAGAAGAAAACUCACCUGUGUGAAGAAAUAGAAUCUGCUUUCAAUAAAAUUGAGAACAUUUUAUCAUGA